AUGAUCGGACUUCUAGCCCUCACCUCUAUUCCAACAGUGACGGGUAUAGCUCUCGCUUCCAGCGAACAGCGCAAGGCAAAUCAGCGCAGAGAAGACGCCCGUCGCAUGGUAAAGUUCAACAUUAUCGCCGAAUGCGAUGGAGACACAGACGAUGACCGUGAGUUGAACGGGAUGGUUGUCGUCGUGAGAGACGAGAAGGUCUACAUCGCCGAUCCAGAUCCCGCCAAACGAGACCCUCCAGCAUUCACAUCCCUGGCCUUUUAUAUCGAGUACCCAGAGCCGGAGGAGUUGAAAUAUCUCAAGCGCGAACGUGGCUUGGGUCUCCCAACUUACGUCCAGGACAAUCCGCCCCUUCUCAACUGGAUCUAUGCAGAUGUCGAAACGCAUGAGUUGCGGUACGGGAAUCGGUCACAGAGUGUGGAGCAACUGGUUGAGCCGUGGGACUGGUGUAAGAAUGAGAGGAUCAUUGCGCUCGAAGGAAAGCAAAAUAGGUUCAUUGCGGUUGAGGAGGAGGAGGGUGAGUGGGCGCUUUAUUAUGAUCGUGAUGGCGAUGAGCUAGCGCGCGUUCUCGAGGAGCAAGAUCUGCUGGAUUGUCCUUUUGUGCCUGUCACGCUGGUUAGGAAGGUGGUUGAGGAAAAACCUCCGCCACCUCCUACUGCUCAGCCUGCACGACCUCAGAUUGCAGCUCCUCAAGGUCAAGGGGAUGGUCAGAGCCAGAAGUAG